AUGCACGGCGCCCUUGAUCUCGUGGAAGGUUCUGGAAGGUGCUCUGGCCGAGUGGAGGUGUACUUCGAAGGCUUGUGGGGCACGGUGUGCGAUGACCUGUGGGAUGAGAAGGCAGCGCAGGUGGUGUGCCAGCAGCUGGGCUGCGGGACAGCCGUCUCCGCCCCUGGAGGGGCCUACUUCGGCCAGGGCUCUGGCCCCAUUCUUCUGGACGAUGUGCAGUGUUCUGGGACCGAGGCCCACCUGGGGCAGUGCUCCCAUGCCGGCUGGUUUACCCACAACUGUGGGCACGGGGAGGACACUGGUGUCAUCUGCUCCGCCCCCAUUGAGGCACAAUUUGGUGAAGGCAAAGGCGAGUUUCUGCUGGAUGAUGUGGACUGUAGUGGAAAAGAGAGUUUUCUGGGACAGUGUCCACAUGCUGGCUGGCAUCUGCAUAACUGUGGCCCUGGAGAAGACGCCAGUGUCAUCUGCACAGUUCUACCUGUUGCCCUCUCAACAAAGCUUCCUCCUAUCACUGCUGCAAGUCCAACAUCACCAGCUCUGUCAACCGCCACUGUCCCAGAAGAUGUGGACCACCCAGCCACGUCAUCAGUUCUACCUGUGGUCGACCCAGCCCCUGCUGAUCGCAGAGCCAAUAUACCAGCGCUAGGUCCCCCAGAAGACUGGCCUAAGCUGAGGCUGGUUAACGGCACAGGAAGAUGCUCUGGACGGGUAGAGGUUUCCUACCAGGGCACCUGGGGGACGGUCUGUGACGAAGGCUGGGGCUUGCCGGAAGCGCAGGUGGUGUGCAGACAGCUUGGGUGCGGCCAGGCCGUAUCUGCCCCUCUCGGCUCCCAUUUUGGCCCAGGCUUUGGAAAGAUCCUGCUGGACAAUGUGCGCUGCGUUGGCACGGAGAGCCGCCUGGCCCAGUGCACCCACAACAGCUGGUUCACGCACGACUGUGGCCAUGAGAAGGACGCCGGGGCCAUCUGCUCUGACGCAGAAUUAGCACCGUCAUCGUCUUCAUCACCGCCCUCCUCCUCACUGUCCUCACCGCCACGGUCAUCAUCCUCGUCUUCACCAUCGCUGUCCUCACCUCCACAGUCAUCGUCCUCAGCUUCACCAUCGCUGUCCUCACCGCCACAGUCAUCGUCCUCAUCUUCACCA